GGCCGGUUUCGGUGCGGGCAGGGGCUGUUAUGGGUGGCCGCAACAAGAAGCAGCGGGCGGGCAGCGCGGCUCAUACCGCUUCUGCUGCCACCGCUGCUGCCCGGGCUCGAGCUGCUGCUGAGGCUGGCGCUGCCGCCGCUGUUGCGGAGGCAGGCAGCCGAGCGGUACCGCGGCCGUCGCCCGCCUCCAAGGAGCCGCGUGUCAAGCAAGGUCCAAAAACUUACAGUUUUAGUUCAACACCAGAUUCCAGUGCUGCUGCAAAUCUAGAUAAAUCUAUUCUUAAGGUAAUGAUAAAUGGUAAUUUGGAGAAAAGGAUUAUUGAUGUAAUCAAUGACCAUAAAAAACAAAAUGAUGACAAAGGAAUGAUUUCAAGAAGACUUACUGCUAAGAAACUACAGGAUGUGUACAUGGCUUUACAAAGAUUCUCUUUUAAGACUGAGCACAUUGAAGAAGCAAUGAAGAAUACACUUUUAUAUGGUGGUGAUCUUCACUCUGCUCUUGAUUGGCUUUGUUUAAACCUUCCUGAUGAUGCCUUGCCUGAAGGUUUUAGCCAGCAGUUUGAAGAACAGCAACAGAAGCCUAGAGCAAAAUUCUGUUCUCCUGUGUCACAACGUGAACCUGCACCUCGCUUAGUAGAUAACAAAAAGAAAGAAAAUGGCCCUGAAACUAAGGAGACAAAUGUGGGGAGAGAGAAAGAAGUGAGUAUGAAAGAAUGGAUUUUGCGAUACGCUGAGCAACAGAGUGAUGAAGAGAAGAAUGAGUCCGUGAAAGAGACAGAUGAAGAAAAGUUUGACCCAAAUGAGAGGUAUGUACAUCUGGCUGCCAAGCUUUCAGAAGCAAAAGAGCAAGCAAGCAUCUCCAAGCAGGACAAAGACAAGCAAGGCCAGAAGGUAGCACAGGAGAAAAUAAGAAGAAUUCAGCAAGAAAUGGCAAUACUUGAAGAACAUCCAGUAUUUAAUCCGACUGUAAAGAUUUCAAACCAACAACAAAAUGAAAAGAAAAAAACUCCCUCACCUCAACCUCAAGAAACCACUUUGAAUUUGAGCUUGCUGGAAAAACCCGAUGGUGCUGCAAAGGAAGACAAAGCGAAAAAGAAAGAACCACUAGAUGUAAGAAACUUUGAUUAUAGUGCUCGAAGCUGGACUGGUAAAUCUCCAAAACAAUUUUUGAUUGACUGGUGCAGGAAGAAUUUUCCCAAGAGCCCAAAUCCUGCUUUUGAAAAGGUUCCAGUUGGAAAAUAUUGGAAAUGUAGGGUCAGGAUUACCAAAUCGUCAGAUGAUGUAAUGGCAAUGUGUCCUACAAUCGUAACAGAAGAUAGUAUGCAAGCACAACAUCUAGCUGCUACUUUGGCACUCUAUCAUUUAACCAAAGGACAAUCAGUUCAUCAGUUACUGCCUCCUACUUACCGAGAUGUCUGGCUAGAGUGGAGGGAUAUUGAAAAGAAAAAGGAAGAAGAAAACAAGAUAGAAACCAACAAACCUCGUGAUAACUUUAUUGCUAGAUUAUUAAACAAACUCAAACAACAACAACAGCUACAAUCAGAAAACCAACCAAAAGCAUCUGAGGGUCCUGAAGAUUCCUGGGAAAACUUAGUUUCUGAUGAUGACUUCAGCAGUCUCUCCCUUGAGACCUCAGACACAGAUAAUUUGGAACCAUCAAGGCUUUUGUUCAAAAAGCUGCAAAGCUCCUCCAGAUACCAGAGGCUUCUAAAAGAGAGACAGGAGUUACCUGUGUUUAAGCAUAGAUACUCAAUUGUGGAAACUCUUAAAAAACAUCGAGUAGUUGUUGUGGCUGGUGAAACAGGCAGUGGGAAAAGUACCCAGGUGCCCCAUUUCUUGUUAGAAGACCUGUUGCUAGAUGAAGGAUCAAAUAAAUGUAAUAUUGUUUGCACGCAACCCCGAAGAAUCUCAGCAGUGAGUCUAGCAACCAGGGUUUGUGAAGAGCUAGGCUGCGAAUCAGGACCAGGAGGAAAGAAUUCCCUGUGUGGAUAUCAGAUUCGUAUGGAAUCAAGAACAGGAGAAGCCACCAGGCUACUGUACUGUACAACAGGUGUCCUGCUUCGGAAACUUCAAGAAGAUGGUCUUCUUUCAAGUAUAUCUCAUGUUAUUGUAGAUGAGGUACAUGAAAGAAGUGUCCAGUCUGACUUCUUGCUAGUUAUUCUGAAGGAGAUCUUGCAUAAGCGUUCAGAUCUGCAUCUGAUUUUAAUGAGUGCUACUGUGGACAGUGAGAAGUUUUCCAGCUAUUUUUCACACUGUCCCAUUUUAAGGAUCUCAGGGAGGAGUUACCCUGUUGAGAUUUUCCAUGUUGAAGAUGUAAUUGAAGCAACUGGCUAUGUUCUGGAGAAAGACUCAGAAUAUUGUCAGAAGUUCUUGGAGGAGGAGGAGGAAGUAACAAUAAAUGUUACUAGCAAAGGAGGAGGCAUUACAAAGUAUCAGGAGUAUGUCCCAGUCCAGUCUGGAUCUGGUAUUGAUUUGGCUCCUUACUAUGCGAAGUAUAGCAGUCGUACACAGCAGGCUAUCUUCUAUAUGAACCCUUACAAGAUCAACCUUGAACUUAUUUUGGAGUUGCUUGCAUACUUAGACAGAAGUCCCCAGUUCAAGAACAUUGAGGGUGCUGUGCUGAUCUUUCUACCGGGGCUCGCCCAUAUCCAACAGCUGUAUGAUCUCAUUUCAACUGACAGAAGAUUUAACUUGCGUGACAGGCACAGGUUGAUAGCUUUGCAUUCUGUUCUUUCAACGCAAGAUCAAGCAGCUGCAUUUACAAUACCUCCACUUGGUAUUAGAAAGAUUGUUUUGGCAACCAAUAUAGCAGAGACGGGUAUUACAAUACCAGAUGUUGUCUUUGUAAUUGAUACUGGGAGAACAAAAGAAAAUAGGUAUCACGAAAGUAGUCAGAUGAGCUCGCUGGAGGAGACCUUUGUUAGUAAAGCUAGUGCUCUGCAGCGACAAGGAAGAGCUGGGCGUGUUAGGGAUGGAUUCUGCUUCCGAAUGUACACAAGAGACAGGUUUGAAAGUUUCAUGGAAUAUUCUGUUCCAGAAAUAUUGCGUGUGCCUUUGGAGGAAUUAUGCCUUCAUAUUAUGAAAUGCAGUCUUGGCUCUCCUGAAGAUUUCCUUUCCAGAGCAUUAGACCCGCCACAGCAGCAAGUAAUUGGUAAUGCAAUGAACCUCUUGAGGAAGAUUGGGGCUUGUCUGUUAAAUGAGCCCAAGCUGACUCCAUUGGGCCAGCACCUUGCAGCCCUUCCUGUCAAUGUAAAGAUUGGCAAAAUGCUUAUAUUUGGUGCUAUAUUUGGCUGCUUGGAUUCCGUGGCAACUCUGGCUGCUGUUAUGACAGAAAAAUCCCCAUUUACUACACCAAUUGGUCGAAAAGAUGAAGCAGAUCUUGCAAAAUCAUCUCUAGCAAUGGCAGUUUCAGACCAUAUGACAAUCUACAAUGCUUAUCUGGGGUGGAAAAGGGCUCGACAAGAAGGGGGGUAUCGUGCUGAAAUGACUUACUGCAGAAGAAAUUUCCUUAACAGAACUUCACUGUUAACUCUAGAGGAUGUGAAGCAGGAACUCAUAAGGGUGGUCAGAGCAGCAGGGUUCACAGCACCUGCAAUGCAAUGUGGAUGGGAUGGAAAUGGAGCCAUACAAUCCCUUUCUCUCCAUGAAAUAGCUCUUCUUAAAGCUGUGUUGACUGCAGGGCUGUAUGACAACGUAGGAAAAAUAAUAUAUACAAAGUCUGUCGAUAUUACAGAGAAACUGGCUUGUGUGGUAGAAACUGCCCAGGGUAAAGCGCAAGUGCAUCCCUCUUCGGUAAAUAGAGACUUACAGACAUAUGGCUGGCUCCUUUACCAGGAGAAGGUGAGGUACACUAAGGUGUAUUUGAGAGAGACUACUUUAAUAUCCCCCUUUCCCAUUUUGCUUUUUGGUGGGGAUAUAGAAGUCCAGCAUCGGGAGCGUCUCCUGACAGUUGAUAGCUGGAUCCAUUUUCAGGCUCCUGUAAAGAUAGCGGUAAUUUUCAAACAACUGAGAGUUCUCAUUGAGUCUGUUUUGAAGAAGAAGCUUGAGAAUCCCAAAAUGUCACUAGAAGAUGACAAGGUCUUACACAUUAUCAAAGAACUGAUAAAAACAGAGAAUGGUAACUGAAACCAGAAAUCGGUAACAAACCAGAGCUUCAGUAAUGGCAGGGGAAAUAUGCACUCCAGCAUUAAUUGAAAGUAUUUAAAUGUUUGUGUGACUGAUACCAGCCAUGAUGUGGAAAGCCUGCAUGAUUUUUGCAUAGAAUUUACCUUUCUGUAUAUCAUUCUUAGAGAUGAACAUUGAAUAUGUUUUUAGCCUUUACAUUUGGUGCCAUUUGUCUGACUGCAUGAAUGAUGGAGGGAAGCAGUUUCUUUUCAAUAUCAAAAUGGCCAAUUCUUUUUUGUUUUGUUUUUCUUUGUUUUGUUUGGUUUUCUUUUUGUUUUGUUUUUUUUGUUUCAUGUCCUAACCAUACCAUCACACUGCUGGUGCAGACUGUAGUAAUGAUUAGACUGGGUCCUGAAUCUCAGUUGAGUAAAAUUCCAUUAGAUGCGUGCAAACCGAAGACAAGUGGUUCUUAUGUGGCUUUCCUAAGUGGUAAUUUUUUUUUGAUCUAUGAAUUUAUAGUAUUAAAGCAAUACAUCUUAUAGAUGUCUUCAUUUUUCUGUAUGGUUUACAUUAAGAAGAUGCUUUAUAAGAAGAUAGUAUGGACUGCUGUGAACAGGUGCUCAGCUAGACAAGUGUAUUGAGCAGCAGCCCCUCCUCAUCCUCUUCUCACACUUACUCUUCCCCAUUAACCCCGAUCCUUGUCUCUCCCUGCUACUGUAGUAACUUUUGCUGUGCCUUUCAUAUGUUAAAUUUUGCACAGUACUGCAAGCCCCAUCAAAUGAUGAUCAUGUUUUUCCCCCUUUAUUGAUCAAAGUUCAGGUUGACCCUCUCCAGGGGGGUUCCUUUAAUGGCUCAUCCAUCAGUGGCUGAAGCCUUCUAGUCUUCAUUAUUCUCUCUUACCACUUGCUCACAAUGUUUGUGUGUCUGUGUGUUCCUUUGUUUCUUGUUUCUCUUAUACUGAAUAUUCCUUAACCAGAUAACUUAAUGAACCAGAUAUUUUUACAUUCCUCCUAUCCAUAGUAUUUACAAUUAUGAGGUAAAAUUUUAGAUCACCAAGCUUUCAAGAAUGAGGAAUAUUGAGGGGGUGAGGGGAUUGCCAUUAAACGAUUGCAGUCAAGUAGGAACUCUGUACAGGCAGAGGAUAGUGCAGAAAUUCUUUUUUAAUCUGAAAAAUAGAGAUUUCAUACAGCAGAUAAUAGUGUACAGAAAGGGCACUGAGGAAAAUGCACAAAAAUGCAAAAUACAUGGAGCUAUCCAGUUAGAUUAUCGUAGUAGAACUCGUACUGCUGCAUUGAGAGAGAAACAUAAGCUGAAAGUAAACGAGCUUGUGCAUGUUACAGUAGACUCAAUUCUGGAAGAGGUGUUUUUCUAAUAGUAGUUUGCUAAUAACUCCAAGGGAAAAGUGAUCACAUCUGUUAUCCUUCUAGGAAUUGUGAUAAACCAGUGGUAGUCUUGGUUUCCUAGAAGAUCCAGGAAGUGCUUUUUUUUUUUUUUUAAAUUCCAAAGUAUACAACAUUUACAAAAGGAAGCAUUUAAGCAGUUAAAUUUUGAUCUUAAGAUGUCAGUUUUGCACUCUGUAUUCUCAGAUGUGUUAUUCUUUCAUGUCAGAGGCAUAGAAAUAAAAACCUGCAAACUACAUUCCUUGAAGAUAAAAAUUAAACUGCACGCUGAACAAUUUUCUAGAUUUUGUUCUAGUUGAGGUUUCUUACUUGUAUCCUUUGGAAACAGGAAUUAGAAAUAUAUUUCAGUAAUUCAACAACUAAUAAGGUCUUGUUUCUUUUGCAUUUAAAUUUUGCAUAUUAAAUUUAAAUUGCUAAAUCCUAGUGAAAGUGUUAAUUGUCCUUGAGUUCUUCUCCCUUACUUAACUGUGAUGAAUAGAGAGGUUUUGUUCUGUUUAUGUAUGGUAAUGUUGAAAGUCAGAGGCAUUCCUUAUGUUCCUCUAGCAUGCCAUGCUUUGUAAUCUUUUAAAGAAAUAUCUUCUUUCAGUUGUUAUUAAGGGGAUAUAUUGUAAUAACUAGGAAAUUGCACUCUCCUGAGUGAGCAAGUCUUCUGCAAAACAGAUGAAAUAGGUCACACUGUGGUGUACAGAUCAGCACAGUUACCUUAAAAGUAAAAACAAACAAAAAAGACUACAGUGGCUUUCUGCUUCUGCAGUGUACUUUUGUGCCUGUGCUCUUUGGGUGGAUGAAUUUUCUGUUCCAUUUAUUUAAUAAAUACUUCU